UUUCUGCAGUCCCAUGGUCUCUGAGCAGACAGCCUGCAUAGGUGAAUUCACAUCUGAACCAUGUCAUCACUCCAAUACCUUACAGGACCUGUCAUUAGGGCUCUACAGCAAACAGGGACAGGAUUCUCUUGGCCGCGUUCAUCUGGGAGAUACUCAGAUGUUCUUCAGACCUUGACCAUAGCUGUCUUAUGGCAUUAUGCACUGGUCGACCAUUAUUUAGACUAUGCAUGUCAAAUCUGCAUAGUUUCAGGUUAUGAUUCAACUGACUGGUUAGAAAAAGAAUUCAGAGGUUUUACUGAAUGAGAAGCACAACUUCACUAAAAACAGUCAAAUGUAGAUAUUUUUAAGCAGAAACACAGUGAUUUAUCAGACGUUCGGAAACACUUCACUUUUGUUCACUUAAACGGGGCGCUUUUCCUUGAAGUGGUGCCAGUAACACACGCUGCCAUCGCCUGCGGUGAGGACCAGGCGACUCCGCUCGGUGCGCUUUCUGCAACCUUCCACAGAGCACCAUGGGCUCCCCCCCACUGGCCAUGUCUCCACAUCACAGACAAAAGCCUUUCUCUGAACACCCACACACACACACACACACACAUUCACAUCUGCAGUUCCACAGGAGUUGUUGUGACCCAUGUGUGCUCCCCAUAUAAAGAUGUUCAAUGCUAGCACUCUAGAGUCAUCGUCCACUGUUAUUCCGUCCUCACUCACCACACCCACCGUUGCUAACAACGUUGCUAAGAGAACACAGCAGUUUGUUAGAGAAUGUUUAAAUAUGUAUUCAAAUGUUAUAGAUUGUACAAAAAUAAAUAUUAUGUCAUAAUAUUAUUUCACUUGCUGUCAAGACCUGGACAUUUUUAACAUCAGUGUUAAAAAAUGACUUCUUUGAGCUAGAAAGCUCAAAGCCACAUGCUGUCUUAGUCUCCCUGAUUGGUUUAUUUCUCAAGGACACUAAGUUCAUUUAUGAAAUCAGAUACAGAACAGGGCCAACCACACACCACUCUGGGGUAGGAAAGUGGCUUUGUCUCCUUAUGCUCCAGGUCUGGAGCAGGGCUCAUCUGCCUUCGCUAUAAGCCCAGCCAUAUAGAGUCCACCUGAGCAAAAACAAACAAACAUUUCAGAUGACUUUUAAUAUCCAGUCUCAUGCAAAUCUCCACCAAUUCAGAAACAAACAAAAAAAAAACAUGCCAACUAAAACGUCAUUAAAUACAAUUAAUGAAAAAAGCCGAUAUUCAGAUACUCUACAAAUGCAGUGAAAGUCUCUUAAAAUAAGCAGAUUUAAACAUAUGCAGAUGAAUGUAUUUCAGUUUUAUGGUGGCAGUCCUCUGUUCUGUAUUAUGUACCCUAACACUAAGCCUAAACCUAAGCCUAGCCCUAACCCUAACCCUUAGUUAGAUUGGCACUAAAGAUUUGAAUGUAUACAUAAGCAAGAGCUUUUUAGUGUCUGUGGAAAUAUGCUGACUGACAUCACUUCAUACCAGCAAAGCAAAUAACUGCACUUUGAAUGAGACAUUGUUAUGGCAGAAUCAGAUACCCGUGUGAGACAGCUUUCAUCGAUUCAGUGUUCUUGGGAACAUCUUCCAGAGAGCUCAGGAUGAGAAUGUGAGGAGAUGAAGCAGACUCGUGCUGUAUCGAUACUGUUUCAGGGGUGGGUUCAGUGGAUGGCCCCAGAGGAAGUGUCCAGAUGGAAAAUGACCAUGACCGCCUAGAGAAAGGCGUGUUGCACCAGGAGUCGUCUAAUGGGUUGAACCGGCACGCAGGAAAUGGAGAGGGGACGAAUGGCCUUGAAGGUGGAGCUUUGGCCAGAGGGCAGCAACAGCAGAACCACCAGGAGACAUUGGCAUGUCUUCCCCAAACACAGGGCUGGUGUCCUAUAGGAGGCGCUAACCUCCAAGAGCAACAGGCCGGCUGGAACAACCAAGCAACCAGAAGCUCAGUAAACAAUGUGGACAUGGAGGACGCUAGGACCUUGGUGGCCUUCUCGGCUAACGCUGGCUCCCUGCCCCCUUGCAGCGUUAGCCAGCCUUCUCCAAAUCCUACUGCACAGCUAUAUGAGAGGUUCAGCCAGGAGAUGGCUAGUCGCGGAGAUGACGCUAAGCAGAAAGGAUGGUGCGGCGAGAGUGAGCCGUGCACUCCAGAGGAUCUGAGCAAGCUCCAGACGGCACUGAGCCAAGCCCGUCAUGGCCACAAGCCACCCAACUGCGACUGCGAGGGACCCGAAUGCCCAGACUACCUAGAAUGGCUGGAGAAGAAGAUCAAAAUGGCAGCUGACAGCCAGGACAAGGGGCUUUGCAAGAUGUCAGGUGUUCCCCAGCUACAGACGCAGCACUAUCAGUCCAAGCCCAAAACUCAACCCAUUGGGACUAGCACUUCCUGUGGAACGGAUCUGCAGUCGCAGAACACCGUUAAGCAACCUCCUGUCCCAAGACCAUAUGGGCCGCCCCCACCUAUCCCCUGCUCACCCAGUGUGCUGUCUAUUGCCAAGGAGAGGAAUGUCAGCCUACAGACAGCCAUUGCCAUUGAGGCAUUGACUCAACUAUCUGGAACUGGUGGAGCUGUGGGUGAAUCCAUGUCUGUCAACUCCCACCACCAGGUUUCCCUUCAAACACCAUCCCAGUCCCAAAAUGGGAUACAAUUGGUUUCUUCCUCAUCCGGGCCCCUCAAGUCGUCCUCUGUCUCCCCGAUGCCUCAGUCUGUCUCUCCUGGGAAUUUUCCUCAACAGGACCCUACAUCAUGGGAGCAGUCCCAACCUCAGUCCCAGGGCCCUGCUCACCACUCUUCCCAGUAUGGCUCCUCCAACUCCCCCUUCCCAAACUCACGCCCAGCUACUGCUAGCCCCUUUCCCCAGCAGUGGCAGCAGGGUACUGGGGCAAGCUGCGAGAAGAGCUCCCAAAGGAACCCCUGGAUGAUGUUGAACUCUGAGCCCCAGGCCCGUUUUCCUCACCCAUCCCUCUGUGGCGGCGGCGACCCGAUGUCUGAGCUGAAGCAGCUCCUGGGAGACACCAGCGGAAAAUACGCCAAAGCUGCCUUUAAGUUCCCAGCACCUCCUCAUGGCCUGAAUGACAGCCACAAAGCUGGCCACCAGGUCAUGCCUCAUGUCAAGCAGGAGGUGGACCACGGGGAUUACCCAGAUCAGGCGUCGUGUGCUGCGGUGGGCCAAUACGGCAUGGUCAACGGUCAACAGCAGUACCAGGGCCAGCAGUUUUCUCAAUCCAUUAGGCACUCAACUCAGGCAGCACUGCAACAGCAUCUACAUCACAAGCGUAACCUCUUCUCCAACCCCCAGCCCUUCAGCCCACGGGUUCCCACGAUGUGCCAGACACUCCGCAAGUGGUGGCCCCAGACCACUGCAGAGAGCUCAUUAGACAUCAAACAGGAGCCCAAGAAGAAAAAGAACGCACAGAGCUCUCCCCACCUCAAGCAGCCAAUGAGUGGGCUGCUGGGUGCUUUGGGCUCACCUCUUCCUAAACCUAAACAAAUCAUCAUCAAGAAGCCCAAGCAGAAGGCCUCUCAGCCUACCUUUCUCCCGAAGAGCCAGAUCACCAUACAGAAACCCCCUCCAAGCUUGCCAGUGAGUAUGCCAUCCCUACCCAAUUUUAUACCAUCUCUACCAGGCAUGGAGGCUGGGUUUCCCCCCUGUCCACCUCUAUAUAACCCCUCUCAGGUGGCUGCAAGCCAAGCAUCUCCAGCCCAAUCUCAGGAAUCCAUUAUGAACAGCAGUAGUAUCCCCAUCUCUGAAAACAAUGCCCUGGCCCCUAACCCCAUGUCCGUCCCGGUGCCCCCUGCCCAGGAAGGGCUGACCAGCUCAGGCCUGACUGAAGCAGGGGAGGGUACUCUAUCCACCACUUCCACACUUCAGACCUCCGCAUCUCAGCCCACUCCACCGCUACCUGGCCUCAGUUCCCUGGAUCCAAAAUUCGAGGAGCUGAUUCGUCGGUUUGAGGAGGAAUUCGGGGAUGCUUCGCCCUCCAUUCCUGUCCCCGGUAUCCCAGAACAGGACCCUGCUCCACCUGUGGUGACUGAGUCGCAACCAAACUCUAACUCAGGACAAGCCAGAACCCAGUCGCCAUCCACAGAGGAGCUCAACAAACCCCUCAUUGCCCCAACGUGUCAGACCAAGUCCAUGCAAGAGGGAUACAAAGAAAGAGAGCUGGACGUGAAUCAGGAUGAAGCUGUAGAGAAAGAGGAAGCCCCCAUGUCAUCCAGCCUACUUCCUGCAACCAAGCAGGAAGCUGAGCAGUGCGAAAUAGAUGUCAAGCCCUCAGGCCAGCUCUUAUCCCAGGCACGAGAGGUCUAUCUGCAGCAGCAACAGCACCGGAUCUUGGUAGAUCCGUUCACCAUACCCUUCUCUCCUCCAAACAAACGCGUGAAGAUUGAGUCAUCAGGUGGUGUGACGGUGCUCUCCACCACUGGCUCCUUCUCCACAACGGGGGAGGAUGUAGACACCCCCACGAAGGAUGGUUUUCCAUUGGCACCCUCGCUGAAAGGCUUCCUGGAGUCUCCGAUGCGCUACUUGGAUACCCCGACCAAGAGCCUUCUGGACACACCUGUGAAGAACAACCAAUCAGAGUUCCCCACCUGCAAUUGUGUUGAGCAAAUAGUGGAGAAAGAUGAAGGCCCCUACUACAAUCAUUUGGGAUCAGGCCCCAGCGUUGCUUCCAUACGAGACCUCAUGGAGAGCAGGUCCGGAGAGAAGGGAGAAGCCAUCCGUAUCGAGAAGGUGCUCUUCACCGGCCGAGAGGGCAAGAGUUCCCAGGGAUGUCCCAUCGCUAAAUGGGUGAUCCGGCGUAGCAGUGAGAAAGAGAAGCUUUUAUGUCUGGUGCGCCACCGGGCUGGUCACCACUGUGCCAACGCCGUCAUCAUCAUCCUCAUCUUGUGCUGGGAAGGCGUCCCGCGGGCUAUCGGGGACAAACUGUACCGAGAGGUGUCCGAAACGCUCACCAAAUACGGCAUCCCGACCAGCCGCCGGUGUGGCCUGAAUGAUGACCGGACGUGCGCGUGUCAGGGGAAGGACACAGAGCUGAGCGGUGCGUCCUUCUCUUUCGGGUGUUCCUGGAGCAUGUACUUCAACGGGUGUAAAUACGCUCGCAGCAAAAUGCCCCGCAAGUUCCGUCUGCAGGGGGAACACCCCGAAGAGGAGGAGCUUCUCAGGAGUAACUUCCAGGACUUGGCCACACGGGUGGCACCCGUCUAUGAGAAGCUUGCCCCUCAGGCCUACAGCAACCAGUGUGCACAUGAGAAGGUGGCAACGGACUGCCGUCUGGGUCUGCAGGAAGGAAGGCCCUUUUCGGGCAUCACCGCAUGUAUGGACUUCUGCGCCCAUGCUCACAAAGACCAGCACAACCUCCACAAUGGCUGCACCGUGGUGUGCACCCUAACGAAAGAGGACAAUCGGCAGGUGGGGGUGAUUCCCGAUGACGAGCAGCUUCACGUGCUUCCGCUAUACAAGGUCUCCCUGACGGACGAGUUCGGCAGCGAGGAGAACCAACGUCUCAAGAUGCAGAACGGUGCCAUCCAGGUGCUGAGCAACUUCCGCCGAGAGGUCCGGAAGCUUCCAGAACCGGCCAAGUCCUGUCGGCAGCGCCGGCUGGAGGCCAAGAAGGCCGCGUCGGAGAAGAAGAUCAAGAAGCAACAGGUGUCGGACACGCCAGAGAAAACGAUCAAGAAGGAAGUUCAUCACAUCGUGUCAGCCCACCAACAGGAAGGCAAUAAAGCAAUUCCAAAACAAGAGGUAAAGCCCACCAUCAAAAAACAGCUGGUCGAUCACUUUCAGGCCGUGAACGGAAGCCUGAACGGCUACGCGGCACUGGGGAACGGUAAGAUGUGCCCUGAUCCGUACGGUUUGAGCAGUGCCUGCCCCUCUUAUCCUGGUCCCUAUGCAAGAGGAGCUCUGCCUUCCAGCACUCAACCCGCACUCCACGUCAACGGCUUCCACCCUAACCUGCAAGGGAUGCCCUACACCUACUACAACUACCCCUCCAGUGCACUUUUGCCCCCUGAGCUCUUGGGUUACGAGGGUCGCAAUAGCGCGUGGUCCAAAGCUGCAGCUGUUGACCAGAAGCCCGACGUGCAGAAUCUCCAGGCCCGCGUAGCGCAGACGUACCCCAACCGCUCGGAUCAGCGGCAGCAGGUGGCAGACCUGGCCGGCCCGGGCUACCCGCGCCGGUCCGAGCUGUCCGCCUCCCCGGCGCCGCCCGACCGGAUGCGCCGCGUCCCCCCUGUCGUCAAGCAGGAGCCCACGGAGGUGCCGCUGUUCGACAGCAGACCGGACGGCCAAGUACAGAGCUGCCCCACGACACCCAGCGCCUCCCCACAACCCGACGGCUGGCGCGGGCACAAGCCCAACGGCAGCCUGCCGUCCAAAGCCUGGGACGGGAAUGUGAGAGCGGUCGUGGCUCAUCCAUCCUUCAGGCCAGACAAGCAGCGUCUGCAACAGCAGCUCCACCCUACCCAAGCACAGCACUCCUCAUACCCCCACCCUCAACGACAGUGGAGCCCCUACCCUGCUACGUCGUCCCCGGCACUGUCUCCAUCUCCGUCCCCUCACCCGGCCACCCCGCACCACUGGGACGGCCCUGCCCCGAGCCCGCAGUCCGAGGCUUGGGGUCCUGUCGGGGCCUCGAGCUACGGUCCCACAGGGCUCAGGCAGGGCACUCCCGUCGGCGCGUUCCCGGACAAGUUGCUGUCCCAGGCGGUCGAGAGCCGUGGUUCCACCCCGCUGGGGCUCCAGGAGAAAGCCUGUAAGUUCGGCGGCGCCUCCGCGGCGGGGAGCACUCCGUCUCCGGCUCCGGAAGGCCGCCUGUUCCCGGACGCGCUCCAGAAGACGGACGGGCAGGCGUGCUGGGACAGCGAGGUGGAGAGCCACAGUGAGCGCGAGGCCGAGGAGGCCGAGGAGGAGGUGUGGUCGGACAGCGAGCACAACUUCCUGGACCCCAACAUCGGGGGCGUGGCCGUGGCCCCCGCGCACGGCUCUAUCCUCAUCGAGUGCGCCAAGCGGGAGCUCCACGCCACCACGCCGCUGAAGAAGCCGGACCGGAGCCACCCCACCCGCAUAUCCCUGGUCUUCUACCAGCACAAGAACCUGAAUCAGCCCUGCCACGGUCUGGCGCUCUGGGAGGCCAAGAUGAAGAUGCUCGCCGAGCGGGCGAAGCAGCGGCAGCAGGAGGCGGCACUCCUCGGACUCUCACAGGAAGACAUAAAGGCCUACGGAAAGAAGCGCAAGUGGGCGGACGGAGCGGCCAGCCCGUCGUCGGGGGCGACCAAGGACCGGCGAGACGGAGUGGUGACACGGUUGGCCCCCACACAGCACACCACCACUAUGGUCACUGUGUCACCGUACGCCUUCACUCAGCUCACGGGGCCCUACAGUCGCUUUAUGUAAGCUCUUGCGGACUGUGCCCCUGGGGGCUGGGAGUGUAAUUACAGGGUUAAAGAAACAACAACAAAACACCCCAACAAGAUGGAACAUUAAAAAAAAAACAAAAAAAACAAAAUGAAACAAAAAAACAAAACAAAACCAGAAACUCAGAAUGUCACAGCAACUUUAACCCUGAAUCUCUCCCAGCUCCGUGUCCCCUCUCAGACCACCAGGAGGACAGGGGGGCACUUUCUUUUUUUUUUUUUCAUUUUCUGUUUUAUAUUUUUAUUUAGGUUUUUUUUACCUCAAGUUUUGGUGGCGGUUUGGGUGAACCCCAAACGGACAGGCUGCCUCUGGUGCUGUUCUCUCCAACGUGGGAGGGAUUUCUAUAGUUUACCCUCCCUAAGUGAAUUUAAUGAUUCUAAUUAUUAUUGCUAUUAUUAUCAAUAUUACGAUUGCUAUUGUUACUGUUGACGUUAUUACAGGUAUUGUUAUUAUAUUAUGAAGAUGACUAUUUUUUAUUUUAUUUGUAUUGUUUUUCAUCAAUGUCCUUAUUAAUAAUAUGAUUGUUCUGAGGGUUUUUCUUUUGUAUUUUCCCCUCUUUUGAUGACGAGGCACCGCUGCGUCUCUGUCAUCCCGCUUGUCUGACGUCUGUGUUGCCCUUUCACCCUCUAACCUCUCAGCAGUUGUCACCUUCCCAUCUAAGCGAGCCACACAGGUGUCUUCAGUCCACGCAGACGCCGAGGACAGGCUGGCGUUCGGAAGAGGGCUAGCUCCGUGCUGUCAUCACACAUCACGUGAAGCAAAACAACACGAGGGAAGUCCAGGCUCCCAUACGGGCCUUUCUGUAGACUCUCCGUCUCGUGAAUAUUCCCGUAGUCCUUUCCUGGUUCCUCCAAUGGUGCUUUCUUCUGUCUUGGCUGUCUGCGAUUUUUUUAUUUUUUUUUGUAAUUUUUGCCCUCACCAUCAUGCUGGCAGAUGCUGGCCCAAGGUGCUCUUCAUCAGAAAACACAAGUCUGGAAGUGAGAUGGCCCCGAUAAGGCGGGAUAGCCUCACUCAGAGCGUCCCUUCUGACAUCCACUCGGUGCUCGCUGAUUCUGUCAGCAUGCGGUGUCCACUUCUACUCACAAGACAGCAGUGAGACACUUCUCCGAGGUGCUAUUACAGUUCGGUCCACCUUGACGACGCCCUAGCAACAGCUGAGCACUAGGGCAAAGCCUGCACCCCACAGCAGGGUCCCGUUAGGUCCUGUCUGAACCCAGCGGAGGGUCUAGGACCCUCCGCGUGUGAGCCAGGACUUCGGCCGAAACGGCUCUGGCGUCGGCCGGGCUCAGACGUUUAUCGUCUGACGUUGAACAGAGAGCGAAAGAAAGAGAGAGGGUGAUGCAGGUGGUUGGUGCUUCUUGCGGACCUUCCAUGACUCUGAGGUGCCUCCAUAGCUCUGCUUUGACUCCCAUAUACACCUGGAGUUCAAGGUGCUUAUUAGCAGUCUAGGGCUUCGGUGAUGUGAACUGCCGAGGCAUGCGACUGCGUGCAAGAUUGUGUGGGCGUGUGUGUGUGUGUGUGUGUGUGCGCGCGUGUGUGUGUGUGGGUGGGUGGGUGUGUGUGCGUGCACCAUCACAGGCAGAGCUGAGUGGUUUACCAGGGGCUUACCCAGGGCAAACCCACUGCUUGGUGCUCUAGUGGUCUGGUGUGUGGGAGCGUGGUGCUGAGGUCAUGGAGCUCUAGGCUUUGCCUCAUGUUGAGACACUGAUACCAGUCCCAACAUGCUACGAAACACGGUCGCUAUACAGCGUAGGUCUUUCGCCUACAUCCACAUACUUAACUAGUUUUUUUAUUCUUAUUAUUUAUUAUGUGAUGAUGAUGAUGAUGAUGAUGAUGAAGAUUAUUAUUGUGAUUGCUGUCUUUUUUUUUUGUUUUAUUGUUUCAUUUUAGACAAAUUGUAAAUACAGAAGAAAAGAUUUUAUAAAAGCACUUUUAAUCUUGAUUUUAAAUGAGGAAAAAAGAAUAUUGACAACUUGAAUCCUAUUUGCUUUUUUUAAUGGAAUUUUAUCGGGAGAGAUAGAAAUGUAAAUAGUUAAAUAUUUAGGUAAGAUUAUUUAACUGGUGAGGAGGAAAUCGUAAAUGAUUCCUUUAAUAUUUAGGCUACAGUUGUCAGUAUGUCAACCCUCAACAUAAACGCCACACUGGGGUUCGUACGCGUCAGCCGACUCAUAGGAAGAAGCAUCUAGAAUCAGUUGUUGCUUCCACUAAAACGGGUUCGGAGUGAAACUGGUCCUGGAUCAGUUCUCUUUCUUUGAGACUUACAGCUCCAGGUGUGUGUUCUCUGUACUCGGUAUACUGCUGUUCUUUCUUUUAUCUUUAUUUUUAUUGUGUUUUAAACAAGUACUGUACGUAGACCGAUACCUCUGAACAACGGCCGAUUUCAGCUUCCUCCCCAUCAAACCAACCAGGCAGAACUGAGAGCGAAACGCAGGGCCCGCGUGGCAAGAACAUGCAAGGUGCUCACGUGACACCCUGGGUCACAUGACUACAUUACAUUACAGCACACCCUGGGUCACAUGACAUGCGAGUGUGUAAGGUUUGAGCUAGCCACUGAACAGAUUUUUCAUUUUUUUUUGUUUUGUUUUUUUGUGCUGUUAACUU